AUGAAAGUAGUCAGAAGAUAUGGCAAAGCAUCUGGUCAAUGUAUCAACUUUGACAAAUCGUCCUUACUCUUUGGUAAGAUGAUUAAUGCAACUACUAGACAAGAGAUUAAAGAUGCACUUGGGAUACAGAAUGAAGGAGGAAUGGGAACAUACUUAGGUAUCCCCGAAGACAUAAGCAUAUCUAAAUGCAAACUUUUUUCAUUCCUGAAAGAUAAGCUGAUGCAUAGAGUGAAUGGAAAGGAAGUGCUGAUUAAAUCCAUUAUGCUCGCUCUUACGACAUACGUCAUGUCAACUUUCCUACUCCCAUUGGAGAUAUGCGAAAAUUUAGCCAGUGUCAUCGCUCAGUUCUGGUGGAGCUCGAAUCCACCAAAAAGAAGAAUACACUGGGCAAAAUGGGAAACAGUCUGUCUACCAAGAGAGGAGGGUGGAAUUGGCUUUCGAAUGAUCCAUGAGUUUAAUCUGGCUCUUUUGGCUAAACAACUAUGGAGACUAGUACAGUUCCCUGAUUCUCUGGUCGCUCGAGUCUUACGGGGAAGAUAUUAA